AUGGAAUGGGAACAAGCAGCAAGGUUCGCUUCGCUACUCAUGGGUAACAUGCGCAACACGCCAUCCGCUGACAACACACAGAUCUUCCAGGUUCAGACUGCCGCAAUUCGCAGUGCCUUGUCAAAGAGCUUCUCUGCAACGUUCGAUUUUGUGGAGGGGGCCAUAGAAUGGCCAGCUGCUCCAGGUAUCAAUCUUAUAGCCGGACCCAAUGUUGAAUACUUCGCAUACUACGAUACCGAUAAGUACGGCAGCAUAAUCCAAGCGGUGGACGAUCUCGAGGAAUAUGUGACGUCUGAAGGCCCAUUCGACGGCGUGUUAGCAUUCUCUCAAGGCGCGGCUCUUGCUGCUAUGCUGAUUGCGCGGGACACGUUCCCCUCGCCGUUCGCGUUCGCAGUGUUUAUUUGUGGUGGUCCUCCUUUCUCGGAGAAGGAACUGAAAGAGACAAACACUCUCAGAUACUGUGAGAAUGAUCUCGAUAAAGCUGGUAAGCCUGUGCUUGGAAUUCCCACGGUGCAUCUCGUCGGGGCUCAAGACAAGGACCUUGAAACCUGUAUGAAGCUGGUGCAGAUGUCUCGGGAGGAGACCAGACAGUUUUGGGAGCAUCCUGCGGGGCACGAGAUUCCGACCGCCCCAAGGGAUGUGACGGACAAGAUGGUUGAAACCAUUGAGAGAGGAAUUGAGAAGGCUAUGAAAGCCCAGUGA